UUAGACACACAGGUCUUCGCUGCGGACUGUUGUUGUUCUGAAGCUAAGCUAACGGAAGGUGUCCGGCAGCUGGAGACGUUAGCUCGGGUUAGCUGUGUGUUACUCGUGUUAUCUCUGAGUAUCCCGGGUUAGCUUUAUCCCGGAUCACGGUCCGGCUGGAUGUCCUUGUUGUGGAGCAGGACGGGCUAGCUGUUAGCAUGUUGUUAACGUUAGCCUCGUUAGCUGUUAGCUCUAGAAACAGCUGUUAGCAGCUUUCUCUCUGUUUCAGCUAGCUCUCCUAUUACACUUUAUAUCCCGGGUUAAUUUAGUUCAGUGAUGGUGUAUCCCGGGUUAUUGUAACAGUUUAUAUCCCAGGUUACUUUAACAGUGAGGUGUUUUGUUACGGAUGGAAAUAUCUCCGUGAGCUGAAGGUUGCUGUUAGCCUGAGCUAACGGAGUCUUUGUUUGCAGACGGUUAGCUGUUAGCUCACACGUAGCUCACUGUUAGCGGGUAGAUUAAAGCAGAUGCUAAAUUAACAGAUCGCUGUUUAUCUGAGAUGCAGCCAUUAGCUGCUCGCUGACCUUCAUCCUUCUGCUCACCUGUCUCACCUGCUCAGGGUGAUGUCGGCCCUCAGUGCAGGCUGCAGGCUGCAGACUGUGCUCUAUCUGCUCUCUCUCUCAGGAUGCAUUGCAGCGUCUCAGAGGAACGACAACGUGUACGUGUCGGGGAUUUCUAGCGCCUGUGGAGAGGGGGCGGAGCUUCUGAGAGGCUCCAGCGGUGUCAUCAGCAGCCCCGGCUGGCCAAUCAGGUACCAGGAGAGACUGAACUGUAGCUGGAUCAUCAGAGGGAGACCAGGAGAGACUGUUACUGUCAGUUUCCAGGACUUUGACCUGCAGUCCUCCCACCGCUGCUCGUCUGAUUGGCUGUCGGUGGGAAGUUUCAGGUCUCUGGAGGGUCUGAAGGUCUGUGGCUCCUCUCUGCCGCCCCCCUUCAUCUCAACCCAGGACCAGGUCUGGAUCCACUUCAUCUCCAACAGAGACUCUGACACUGGGAAGGGCUUCAGACUGAGCUACGUCACUGGUUCCCUCUCGGCACCAGGAUGUGAUGUGGACCAGUUCCACUGCUCUAAUGGGAAGUGCGUCCCUGACUGGUGGCGCUGUAACUCGAUGGAUGAAUGUGGAGACAACUCAGACGAGGAGCUGUGCCUCGACUCCCCCCUCUCCUUCACCCCCUGCGGCCUGCACCAGUUCCCCUGCCUGUCCAGGUACACCCGCAUCUAUACCUGCCUGCCCCACAGCCUGCGCUGCGACGGGACCAUAGACUGCCAGGAUCUGGGGGACGAGAUAGACUGUGAGGUUCCGUCCUGUGGAGAGAGACUCAGGAACUUCUACGGUUCCUUCAGCUCCCCCAACUACCCCGACUUCUACCCACCUGGCAGCAACUGCUCUUGGACCAUCGACACGGGGGACCCCCGCAAGGUGGUCCUGAGGUUCAUGGACUUUAAGCUGGACGGGACGGGGUACGGAGAUUACGUGAAGGUGUACGACGGUCUGGAGGAGAACCCUCGCCGCCUGCUGCGCGUUCUGACCGCCUUCGACUCCCGGGCGCCGGUCGCCGUGGUUUCCUCCUCCGGUCAGCUGCGCAUCCACUUCUACGCCGACAAGAUCAACGCCGCCAGAGGCUUCAACGCUACCUACCAGGUGGACGGGUUCUGCCUGCCCUGGGAGGUUCCCUGCGGGGGGAACUGGGGAUGCUACACUGAGCAGCAGCGCUGUGACGGUUACUGGCACUGUCCGAACGGACGGGACGAGCUGAACUGUUCUUCUUGUCAGGAGGAUGAAUUCCCCUGCUCCAGAAACGGAGCGUGUUACCCUCGAUCGGACCGCUGCAACUACCAGAACCGCUGCCCCAAUGGAUCCGACGAGAAGAACUGCUUCUUCUGCCAGCCCGGGAACUUCCACUGCAAGAAUAACCGCUGUGUGUUUGAGUCGUGGGUGUGCGAUGCGCAGGACGACUGUGGUGACGGCAGCGAUGAGGAGAGCUGUCCAGUGAUCGUUCCCACCAGAGUGAUCACUGCUGCUGUCAUCGGGAGUCUGAUCUGCGGUCUGCUGCUCGUCAUCGCGCUCGGCUGCACCUGCAAACUCUACUCGCUGCGCAUGUUCGAACGCAGGUCCUUCGAGACGCAGCUGUCCAGGGUGGAGGCGGAGCUCCUGAGGAGGGAGGCCCCGCCCUCUUACGGUCAGCUGAUAGCUCAGGGUCUGAUCCCGCCGGUGGAGGACUUCCCAGUGUGCUCUGGGAACCAGGCGUCGGUUCUGGAGAACCUGCGGCUGGCGGUCCGCUCUCAGCUGGGCUUCACCUCCCUGAGGCUGAACUCCUCCGGUCGCCAUAGCAACCUGUGGCGCCGCCUGUUCACCUUCCCGCGGUCCCGACGCUCCGGAUCUCUGGCGCUGGUUUCGGCUGACCUGGAGGACGGAGGCAGCUCCAACAGCUCCGACCUGCUGAGCCCCGACUCUGACCCCGAGACGGAGGGCGAGCGAGGGGGGUCGAGGGAGGGUGAGCGAGGGGGGGGGAGGGAAGGAGGGGGAGGGAGGGAGCGCGGGGCGGCGGGUGGUCCCGUGGCCCCCCUCCCUCAGAAGACCCCGCCAUCAGCUGGUGUGGAGGCCGUGGUUUCCGUGACGACGUCUUUGCCCCCAGUCACCCUGACGCCGGUCUGUGCCCGGACCCGGGAGGCGGCGCCCCCUUCCAGCCCCGUCGCCGCGGUAACCUCUGGUCCUGAUCCCGAGUGUCACGGCGACGCCCCGGAGGCCCCGCCCCCCUCCGCCCUGCAGCGAUUGGCCCAGAACCUGAGCCGCCUCGCCCGCCGUCUGAGGACCGGCCCGCAGGACUGGACCAAUCACAGCCCUCUGCGCCAGCUGGAGACAGGAAGGGGCGGAGCCGAGGCCGGCGAGCAGCGAAACAGAGAAGAAGAAGAAGACGUGGAGCUGCUGAUCCCCGUCUCAGACUCUGACUCCGCCUCCUCCUCCUCAUUGGACGUAAGGCAGCCGCUCCUGGAGCCACACCCCUCCUACAGCACAAGCCACGACCCCCACCAUCACCGUGGUAACGUCGGGCCUUGUGAACACUGUGGGAUUGUGCACACCGCCCUGAUCCCAGACGCCUGCCGGGGGGGGAAGACGGAGAGCAGUGACGACGAGUUGCUGCUGCUCUGCUAACGGCUAACAGGCUAACUGAUGUCCUACCAACAGCUAACAUGCUAACUAAGAGCUAACGUGCUAACUGAUGUCCUACCAACAGCUGACGUGCUGAAUGCUAACAUGGUACCUGGCUUCAUUAUAUGCUAAUUUACAGCUAACAUGCCAACACUACAAAUUGUUCCCUGAAACUACAACUAGCCAACAUGCUAAUGCAUUGACUGAACUGCAACUAGCCAACAUGCUAACUGUUUGCGUGGACUAUGAACAGCCGGCAGGCUAACUUUAACCUGGACUAGAGCUACACCUGUUAGCAUGUUAGCUGGAUUGACGGUAGCUCUCAGAGAUGUCGGUACGAUGAUGAAACUCUCCUGGUCCGUCCCUUAAGAAACUCCCCGCUUCCUGCUCGUUGGUACGACUGUAAACUGUGUCCUGACAGGAAGCUGUUGGACUCCUGGCCUGUGCAACUCUUUAAAAGGUCCCCCUUUGUUCUGUUGAUCGGAACCGUGAGAAUGACGAGGGUCAUGUGACUAGUGCUGGUAGCUACAGUUAGCUGCUAACAGGCUAAUCUAAUGCUAACCCACAGAGCAGGGUUAGGUAAUAAUGUUUAAACUGGUGUGAUACUGAUCCACACUGACCGGUACUUAAUCCCCCAGGUGACCCCCAGGCAUACUUGCCAACCUUGAGACCUCAGAAAUCGGGAGCAUUUCCAAAACCCACCGCGGGGGGGGGGGGGUGGAUCGCCGGAGCUGUAUUAGAUUAACAUUAACAUGCUUAUUGUAGUUGUAAGUGCACUGCCUUGCGGCCUGUAGCACCAUAUGUGUGGGCUGGACCUGUAUUUUACAGGAAAGGAGUGAGCAGAGGGUAGAAUUGUCGAUUCUUGUUCUGUUUGCUGUGACUAUCUUCCUCACCCUCUCAGACUUUCAGUUGCGCGUGCUACGCUACCAUGGAAACCAAACAAUGGUGUAGCUGUAUUAAAGUCCGAGUGGAAACAGUCCUGAGUAAAUCUGAUUUGGUCAGAAAUCGGGAGAAAUGCGGGAGAAAUAUGACCCCGGGAGGAAACCGGGAGAGGGCAAUGAAAUCGGGAGUCUCCCGCGAAAAUCGGGAGGGUUGGCAAGUAUGCCCCCAGGUGACCCCGGGUGUCCCGGUUCUACAUAAACAAUAAAAUAUAUUAAUAAUAAAGACGUGUCAUCAUGCUAACAGCCACUGUAUAAAGUCAAACUAAUAAACAAACAGGAAGUACACAGAGUACACACUGCAGAGUACACACUACACUACAGAGUACACAGUGCAGAGUACACAGUGCAGAGUACACAGUGCAGAGUAAACAGAUUACACACUGCAGAGUACACAGUGCAGUUCUGCCCUUCCCCCUGUAUUUAUGAUGUGUUUCAGUUUUUGGUACUUGUGCGACUGAAUAUUUAUUGUUAUUAUUCUGAUGUUUGUGAAUAUGCGAUUGUUGUUGUUGUUGUUGUGUAACUGUUUCUCUGCAUGUGUGUGUUUUCUUUGUGAAGUUACAGAUGUUACUGCACCGACAUUAAAGUUUACCUUCAUCUGUU